AGAAGAUGCAGUCAGCAGCCCACCUCCCUCCGGCUUACAAAUUGUCAACAAUUGACAAAAGUCAUCGCGUUUGUGAUUAUCCUAAGACGAUUUUUAGUAGAAAAGACAGACUAGAACAAACCCAAAACCCUCCAAUUUCUAAGACCUCAAUCAUACCUUCCCAUUUGGUAGCCUGCAGUAUUUUCUUAUGCUCAAGUCAGUUUGCCGGCUGCACCGCGCUAAAUUCCCAUCCCACCAUCACCAUAUUCUCACGACCCGCAAACCAGUUUACACCAGUCUGCAGAAAACAGCACUCAUUGCAACUAUGGCGACCACCACCCUGCUGAAGAAAUGGUUCCCACACACUGAGGCGCCCGUGAUCAUCAGCGCCCCUAUGCUCGGCAUAGCGACGGGCACCCUCGCCGCUCAAGUAACCAAGGCCGGUGGGCUUGGCAUGGUCCCCGGCGGCUACGACGUGACGCCCGGCUCGACCCAGCUGGCCGAGCUCGACGCCGAGCUCAGCACCGUCCGCCAAGUCCUAGGCCUCCAGACCUCCAGCGAUCCGCUCCCCGUCGGCAUCGGCUUCAUCUGCUGCCACGGGAUUGUGGACAAGCACUUUGGCGGCCGCGGCCUCGCGGACCUGGUAGCCAAGCACCGCCCCGCAGCCGUGUGGCUGUUUGCGCCCGAGCCCGACGCCGGCUACGAAAAGCUGGUGCGCGCGGCUCGUGACGCUGCCGCCGCGGCCGGCUACGAGGUCAGGGUGUUUGCGCAGGUCGGCACCGUGGCGGACGCGCGGAGGGCCGUGGCCGCCGGCGUCGACGUCGUGGUUGCGCAGGGCGUCGACGCCGGUGGGCACCAGUUUGCUGUGGGCAGCGGGAUCGUGGGUCUGGUGCCCGAGGUCAGGGAUAUGGUGGAUGACGAGUUUCCAGGCAAGGAGGUGGCUGUGGUUGCGGCGGGGGGCAUUGCGGAUGGUAGGGGGGUUGCUGCUGCUCUGGCUCUUGGGGCUGAAGGCGCAGUCAUGGGGACCAGGUUCCUCGUUGCUGAUGAGGCCAAGACCGCCGAUUGGCAGAGAAAGAUGGUAUUAGAGACGCGAGAUGGUGGUCUCAACACAAACAAAUCUGUAUUUCACGACCAGCUGCGUGGCACCGACAGCCUAUGGCCCCCAUUCUAUGAUGGCCGCGCCAUCGUCACCGACUCUUAUCGGGAUCACCGGGUCGGAGUAUCUCUUGAGGAGAACAAGAAGAGGUUCAAUCAAGCCAAGGAGUCAGGCGACAAUUCCUCUCGCGGCGUUGUCUGGUCCGGAUCCGGAGUAGGGCUGGUCCGGAAAAGCGGGCCGGCGGGCGACAUAGUCAAGCAGACGAGGGACGAGGCAAAGAAGAGGAUCAAGGCGGCACAGUCGUUUGCCUGAGGCGCUAUUGUGCUGAGUAGCCAUAUGUACUUGGCAGGCAUUCUAUUUGCCACUUCUCAGAUGGCUCCAGAAAUGCCAAUUAAAAAAAAUCAACAAAGACACGGCAGGUGAAUAGUCUGGUAGUUGCUGCAGCUGUUCCCACUCGGCAUGUCACUGCCUGUUUGCAACCAGAGCCGCCAGAAGCUGCCUUCAAGUCGGCACACGACAAAGUUCAAGUCUGCAUGGCAAAGAUUAGCAAUCCUAUUAGUGAACCGGGCAGAGCGCCACGAGACUGCCCGCGAAAAGAAGGAAAACGAGACAGAUUGCAACUCACUUCUCCCCAACGCACUACCAGGUUUGGUCAUGAUAGUAUCGCCCUCCAGGCCCCAAGAGUCGGUCGACGCCGUGGUCCCAAACGUCAGCGACUUGUAAGAGGUGCUUUCCGUUCCCACGUUCAGAUACAUGGUCGUGUUGACCGACCUGAUCGUGGUCGGUAUGUCGAAACGCUCGCUCGUGGCCUCUGGUCCCAGGACGGCGAGUGAUGCUUUUUGAGGAGCAGUUAGACUAGCAAAGCAAUAGCAAAUAAGGGCAAAAAAGACAGAGAGAAAAUAAAGUAGCAUGCCAGGGAUCUUACCAUUGGUCGGAUGGGCCUGCAGAUAGAGGUGGUAGAUUGGGUCUCGCUGCAAGUCGUCGUUAGGUUUUGCUGACAAGUAACCAGGCUAUGCAUCAAAGUUGGAGAUCGACAAGACAACUCACAACUCCCCGGAUCUGCUCCGGCUUUGCCAGCGCCGAUCCCAGCAGCGAAGCCGCAAAUAGAGCCAGUGUUGAGAAGAGCAUGGCGUUGAAUUCGAGAUAGGUGCUGUUAGUAUCCAGAGAGCGAGCGUGCGAGUUUCAAGUUUAUGGAACACCGAAAUGGUGCUCCCUGAAUCCGUUCAUAUAGCAAACAAACGGGCAGUUACCAUCCGCCAAUUUAUCAGUACCGAACUUUUCGCACACAUGGCCCAGGAUGAGGUUGGGCCGUAGUUCCUCCCCGGUACAGCAUGACAGAGUGGUCCCGAUUUCAUUUAUCGGCGGCUAAAUGUAAAUCUGCAACGGCUGGUUCCCCAUUCAUACAGCAAAAAUUUACCUUCCGUC